CAAAAUAUGAAAGCAUCUCUUGUAUGCAUACUAAUUCUGACUGUUGUUGCAGUUGAUUUUGAGUCAUUUUAAUAAGCCUUGGAUUUUGAUCCAGAGACAAUGUCAGGAGAUAAUUGUGGAAAUGAUGAUUAAUUCACAAAAUAAUAUGAGGCGUAUUUCAUACUAAUAUUUUCAGUUACUUCCCUUGGAUUUAAUUACUUGAAGAGGGUGAAAUUGAAAUGUAAGAAGAUCACAGUGUACUUACUUAAGCUAGAGAUAAGAUUAAAUUAGUCAGAGACUUUAUUUUAGAUUUAGAUGAAUGUAAUUUAUUUAUGUUUAUUUAGAACUUGAGAAAGAAACAGAAAAUAAUAAUAAUAAUGUAGUUGAGUAACCUACUUAAUAAUAAGCAGACCCAUAACCAGUUUAAUAACCAUAAGAAGAAGUUUAGACAGAUGAUGAUGAUGAUGAUGAUGAAGAUGAUGAUCCUUUUGGUUGGGGAGCUGGUGAAAUUCCAUAAUAAUUAUUGGUUGAUAGCAAGAAAAAACAUAAUAAGAACUUAAAAGGACAUGCUAAAGUCUUGUUGGAAGUUAUGAAUUAGAGCAAAUCACUCAAAUAUAAAAGCGUAUCAUUUAAUCUAUUUUAGAAAAUCAAAAGAAUAAUUGCUAUGGCUACUGCUUUAGAUACUGAUAUGGGAACUUAAGAUUUAUAAGAAAGAAAAAAUCGUAAAUUAGAACUUUGUGAUUUAAUUUUAGAUGAAUUAAUCAAUAUGAUUGAAUUCUUAGAAAAAGUUAUGAAUGAUUAUGUAUUAAUUUAUAUCUAUAAUUUAUAGGUUUAUCAAUAAGAAGCUUAUGAUAUAUUCAAAAAGAAAUAAGAAGAAAUAGUAUAAGUUGCAGAUGAAUGUGGAGCAAGAGUGAUUUCACUUUAAGAUACUUAUUCAACAAGUUUUGUUUAAACUAAACCAUUAAACAGAAAUAAGAAAUAAAAUAAAGAACAAAAAAGAAAAAGAAAGCAUUGAAUGAUAAAUAAAUGAUACAUUUUCAUUUGCCUUAAGGGAUCCAAU